AUGGCCACUGAUAGUGAAACUUCACUACGCGCCUCGCGAGGCUAUGUUAAAGGGGCGAUUACUCGUCUUCACAGUUUUGUUAGCAACGAGUCUGAAUUAGAAGAAAGUACCUUACAGGCCCUUACAACGCGUAAAGAAAGACUGCUCACAGCCUUCCGUGAAUAUGAAGGAUUUAAUAUGCGGAUUCUUUCAAUGCGACCAGAUGAUGACAAGGACGUAGCAGCUGUUGAAGAUAAAUAUCUAUAUACUCUUACCGUUCUUAAGGAAGUGAUUAGCCGUAAGACUUCUUGUGUAGAGGACUCUAAAGGUCAUGUUAGUACUAUUGCACGAUCAAAAACUAAGUUGCCCGUGAUUCAAAUGUCCAUAUUUUCUGGUAAUUAUGUUGAAUAUGUAGCGUUUCAAUCAUUGUUUACUUCAUUGAUUCAUAAUGACUUAACACUAGAUAAUGUUCAGAAGUUGUAUUAUCUUAGGUCUUAUUUAAAAAACGAACCGUAUGAUCUUAUUAAGAACUUACCAUUAACAGCCAGUAGCUAUGAUCAAGCUAGACAAUUAUUAGACGAGAGAUAUAACAAUAGGUAUCGUAUUGUAAAUGAACAUAUUGGUCAAUUACUAGACUUACCUGCGCUUGUCAAAUCAACCCCUGAAAACAUUCGAAAUUUUGUAGCGAGUCUUAAGCAGACUUUGGCUGCUCUGCAAAAUUUAGAUGUGAAGGUUGAAACUUGGGAUCCAAUAAUUGUUUGUAUUCUUAAUCGUAAGUUAGAUACAUACACGGCUCGGUCGUAUCAAAUGGAAAGAGAUAUUGCCGAGGAACACAGCGUCAAGCACUUCAUCGAGUAUCUUGAGAAGAGGGCACUUGCAUUGGAGAACGCUGCGCCGUCAACUAGGAUGCCAUCUACAAAGGCCAAGGGUUUAUCAAUCAACGUAGCGGCUACUGGUGAGAAGGCGGUGACGUGUCAUUACUGUAAGUCCAACAAUCAUAAAUUAUUUUCCUGUAAUACAUUCAAAUUAAUAACUUCUGUGGAACGCUAUAAAUUCUGUAAAGACAAUAAGUUAUGUCUGAUUUGUUUAAAUAGGCACAAUGGAAAAUGCAAAUUUCAUUUCAAAUGCGAUCAGUGCAAAAAGGCACACAACUCACUAGUUCAUCAUGACGAAUGUGACGAAGGUCCUGUUUCCUUAUUAUCCAAGGGCCACGAUUCUAAGGUUUUGCUUCCCACAGUAAAAGUGAAAUUAUUCACAAAGGAUAAAAAGACGAUAAUAGUGAAGGCGAUUUUAGAUACAGGUUACAAGCCUCCCUCGCUACGAGCAAGUUAA